AUGUUUAUUUUCCCGCUCCCCAAUAUUUCCAUUGGAGAUCUUCUCUUCUUUUACAAGGCCAAAACUGCCCAACAAAAAAAUAGGGAUGAUGACAGUCAAAUGAGAGAAGCUAUUUCUGCAGUCUCUUUUGACUAUGGAAAUGCUUUUCAUGUUGGUAUAAUUGUAGAUGAACUAAAGGGAAGGGUUAUACAUGCUGCUAAAGAUGGAGUUGUAAUUCAGAAUAUUGUGGAUGCCCUCAAAGAUUUAAGCCCAGAAUAUGCAGAAUUAUGUCAUGUAGAACUUAAAAAUGAAUGGAAAAGGGCUGCUGUCAAUUGGGCCUUGAAGCAGUUGGGUAGUGGAUAUAAUGAUCUUUUCUCGCCUGAUUGUAUCAAUUCUGAGGGGAAAAGAGCUUUUUAUUGUUGUCAACUAGCUGGUUUUUAUUUUAAUUAUUACAGUCGAAUCUCAAUAUUGCCACCAAUCUUACUAUCAAUUUAG